CUGCACGUUUUGUAUUCAUUACGAACGAGAAUUUUCUCAAUCGUAAUGAGAAACAAUAUUUAUUUUGGUAUAUCUGUUUUAUUUAUCGCGAUAAAGAUCAGAAUUGUAACUGACACUUUCCGUGAAACAGCUGCAAGGUACAUGUAUUGAAGGGGAGUUUGUUUUCUUUUUUUCGUGUUGCACGAAAAAUCUGAAAAUCAUUAGCAAAAUAUUCUUUUAAAUAUGGACAGUUUUACUUACACUUCCGGUGAACGUCUUACUGCAGCACGCAAGCGCAGGAUCGCUUACGUUUGUGGUGUUAUAGUUUGCGGUGUUCUAGUUGGAACUUUUCUAUUUUGGCUCAUCAAUGGAAGAUCUUUUUCUGGUAAGAAGGGUGGAAUAACACCGGACAGUUGCUCUGCUGUUCCAGAUGCAGAAAAGUUCGAUUGCCAUCCAGAUAGACCUAUAUCGGAAAAAGAAUGUUUAAAUCGUGGUUGUUGUUACAAAGCAGCUUCUGAUCUAGGUGUAACAGAUUUCGAUCUCAAACAAUCUUCAUAUAUAGGUGUUCCAUCUUGCUACUUUUCCAGUGACUACAAGGGUUACAGCUUUAAACUCUUAAAAAAUGACGAUUCUUCCAUUAAAGGGCUAUUGACUAGAAAAAAUAUUUCGUCUGGUUUUACUGAUACUGUACAAAAAGUAUCUUUGGAUAUCAGCUAUAUUGAUGAUAAUAGCUUAAGAAUAAAGCUAACUGAUGCCGUGUCUAAGCGAUAUGUCCCAGACACUCCUCUCUACGUAAAUCCAUCUCCACGAAAGAAUCCCUUGUAUGAUGUGAAAUUAGAUAAUGAUGGAUUGUUAACAAUUACAAGAAAAUCAAGUUCUGCUGUUGUGUUUAAAACAAAACUUUCUCAACUGAUCUACAGCGAUCAAUUUUUGCAAUUGUCCACUUUUGUAGCCUCGCAAAAUUUUUAUGGUUUCGGAGAACACAAGGAUAGAAUACGCAGGUCUUUUGAUUGGACAAGAAUUACUCAGUUUAAUCAAGGAGAUCUUCCAGUUCCUCACAGGAAUCUUUACGGAACUCAUCCAUUUUAUUUGAUUGUGGAACCUGACGGAAAUGCCAAUGGAGUGUUUCUACGAAAUACCAAUGCUAUGGAUGCUAUCCUCCAGCCAGCUCCUGCUGUCACCCUGCGUACUAUUGGUGGAAUACUGGACUUCUUUGUCAUGCUUGGACCCAAACCAGAUAACGUCAUAUCACAAUAUACAGGACUCAUUGGCCGCCCAUUUAUGAUACCCUAUUGGAGUCUCGGUUUUCAACUCUGCAGAUAUGGAUACUUUUCUCUAAAUAAAACUAAUGAAACUCUACAACGUAACUUGGAAGCUGGUGUACCAGUAGAUGUUCAAUGGCAUGACAUAGAUUACAUGCGGAAACAUCUAGAUUUCACUUACGAUGAUUAUUGGUUUAAUGGACUUGAUGAUUGGGUUAAGGACCUGCACAGACAAGGAAUAAAAUAUAUAGCUAUGAUUUCACCAGGAGUAUCUAACACGGAAGAAAAUGGAACAUAUCCCGCUUAUGACAAAGGGAAAGAACUAGAUCUCUUUGUAAAAGAUGUAUACGGCAAUGAUAUCGAAUCUAAAGUGUGGAAUGAUAAUUAUACAGUUUAUCCUGAUUUUACGAAUCCAAACACUCAAAAAUACUGGAAAGAUAGAUUUGUGGAGUUUCAUUCUAUUUUGGAUUUUGAUGGCGUAUGGCUUGAUAUGAAUGAACCACUAAAUUUCGACAAUGGAACGUAUGAUGGUUGCCCAGAAUCACCUUUAGAAGAUCCUCAGUACGUUCCUGGAAGGCCGUAUCCUCUUCGAACUUUGACCAUUUGUAUGACAGCCAAGCAUUAUUCUACUGACCAUUACAAUGAACACAACUUGGUUGCUUACAGGGAAUCCCGCGAUACAUAUCUUGCUAUGAAGGAUAUAAGAAAUAAACGUCCUUUUCUGUUGUCCCGUGCCACACAUGCAGGACAAGGUGUUUAUACCAGCCAUUGGAGUGGUGAUAUAACAUCUGAUUGGGAUGAUCUUCGAUACACAAUUCCGUUUAUGAUGGUGUUCAACAUGUAUGGCAUGCCCAUGGUUGGUUCUGACAUUUGCGGAUUCCGUCUAAAUACCACUGAAGAGUUGUGCGCCCGUUGGCAAGCACUCGGAGCAUUUUACCCAUUUUCUAGAAAUCAUAACGAUUUUGAUACCAUAGAGCAAGAUCCAGCUUUCCUGGGUGGAGAUGUACUCGAGGCAACAAAAAAUGCCUUGGGAACUCGUUAUUAUCUUCUUCCAUAUUUUUACUAUCUAUUCUAUAGAAGUCACGUUUUUGGUGAAACAGCUGUGAGACCAUUGUUUUUCGAAUUUCCUAGCGAUCAAACUGCAUUAAGUAUAGACGAAGCCUUUCUUUGGGGACCUGCUCUCUAUGUAAUUCCGGCCUUAUAUCCGGGCAUUAAGGAAGUGGAAGCUUAUUUUCCAAAAGCUGUGUGGUAUGAUUUCUAUGAUGGAAAGCGUAUUACUGAUAAGGCUGAGAAUAAAACGCUUUCUGCUAACAUUACUCACAUCAAUUUGGCUGUGCGAGGUGGAUAUAUAUUGCCUCUGCAGUUACCUGCUCAAACGGUCGCUGACAGUCGUGAAAAUGAGUUUGAUAUAUUAGUUGCAUUGGAUGAUAAACAAGAGGCUUCGGGAGAGUUUUAUUGGGACGAUGGAGAUUCAUUAGAUACAUACAAGAACGGAGUUUACAACCUAAAUAAAUUCACAGCUGCUAAGAACACAUUCAAUAAUACCAUUAUCAAGCAUCAGUUCCAUAGCUUGUUAAACCUAAACGUAAUCAGAGUAUUUGGUGUAAAUCAAAGGCCAACUAAAGUAACGAUCAAUGGACAAGACGCUCCAAAGUUUGAAUACAAUGAAACUACCUUAACUAUAACUGCCAAAGGAUCUUCUCUUAAAGAACAGUUGGUUGUUAAAUGGAACUAAAAGAAUAAAAGGAAAAUUGGAACAAAAUAACAACUGAAGAAUGCAACAAGCUCUAGAGCGAAUGAAUUCUUAGAGAAUUUUUAAGAGAGCUGUAAUAAUAACAUUUUUUAAAUGUAUAACGUAGUGUUACAUGUCUUAUUUAACUGUGAUUAAUUAUACUUAAAGUAUUGUAGCAUUACUUGAAUAAUUCAUUAUAGAACUAUUCACAUAAUUUUUUCAAUUAAUUAUAAAGAUAAUUACAUUAUGAGGUAAAGAUUUUUUUUUACUGUCAUAUUUAUUUACAUGAAUUCGUAGUUUUAUAAUUCAUUAGUUGCUUAUGCUUUUGCAUGAGAAGUAUAUAAGAAUAUUCCUAUGGGAAAUAUUUUUACAUUAGAAGUAUAUAUAAAAAUAUUUCUUACAGAAAAUAUUCUUAUGUGACAUGCAUGUUUCAUGUAAUAACUUUUGAGAAGUUAAAAUAAUAAUGUAUAUUAUUAUGUCUGUUGUAUAUUAUUACGUUAUGUUGUAAUAUCUGUAAAUAAUAAAGUAUAUCUAAUUUUUAUUGUUA